ACGACAGAUGCGCUCUAAAUUAAGAACAAUAUAAACCUUAGGUCAUAAGCUAAAGAGAUAAAUCAAAACGCAACUUCAAUUUUAAGAAUAGAAGAUAAAGCAAUGCCAGAAUUAGGUCCAAUAAUGCGAGCUCUGGAAUUGCAGCGGCUCGUCGAAAACAAAGUGACCGAAUGGCGCGAAAGGUCAGCUCGGGUCGCGGGUACGAGCGUGGCGGACUCUUAUCAACAGCCACUUCACUUCAAACGUCAUACAAACAGACGCAAAAACAGCGCUGAAAUAAACAGAAUUAUCGCAAAGUACUCGAAGCCAAGUAAGAGGACGGAUGAGCAUCGAUUCACUUUACAGAAGUGUCCCGAAGAACCGCCAGUGCGUCCAGUCAGACUGAGAAGGUUACGUAACAAUAUAAAGGCUUCUAGAAGUGAAGACAAUCUCGUCAACAUCGGUGUCAUGGACACUACUGAUCCCACGGCAGAGAAUGAGGAACAACCACGUUAUAGCUUGUCCAAGUAUAACAACAAGAGUUGUGAGGAUAUAUCUGCAUUCGUUGACAUUAGCCACACUAUGAAGAGCAAGAACUUCGAUGAAAAUAGCAUUUUGAAUGCAAAACCGAUUCCAAACGCGAGGCAUACGCUACACGUUAUUGGUGAAGAUACUUCUGACAUAUCCGAGUUCAGUGACAGUGGUGUUGACUUUAGAUUUAGAAAUAAAUUCGCUACUUCGACUCCCUUAUCGAAUAGAAAGACAUGUCCCCCUGGUGAUUCAGUGUCAGUGAUCGAUUUAGAAAGGUGCGUGAAAAAUGAAGGUGAUUUAAAAAAAGGUACUUCGGAACCUGACAUUCUUAGGAAGAAGUCAGUUGAAUCAGGAAGUACUCUUGACUUUCGGAAGAAGUGGAAGUUAAUCAGACCACCGUUUAGGAAAGGAACGUUUGACUGUUUAUUACGUUGGCGUGGAAAGAAACCACCAUCUAAUCAAAGUAGAAUACAAGAAGUGGACGAUAGUUUCUUCGAAAAAUUUGGUUCAAUCCUUAAGCAAGCGACGCAAAAAGCAGCACUCGAGGAAUCUACACCUUUAGCUCCAUUGAAAGAAGUUGAGGAGCAAGACGGAGAGAAAGUCGUCACAGAAGUAUCUGAGAGUCGAAGCGUGACACGUGACUCGGACAGCGGCAAUGAAACUUUACUCGACACAGACUCGGAGCCUGAAGACCCGGAGAAAGUAGAAUUUUACGUUGAAGCUGUUGGCUGGAAUGUUGAUGAAUUAUAUUUGGAGAUCCUUUAUGAGAUUUUACACAAUGUCGGCGGAUGUGACAUAGGCUGUGAAGUGGGUCAGCAAGCAAUGCUGACCUAUGUACAAGAAGCGUUCAAAAUAUCAAACGAUAAACACACAGAACUCCUAACACAAGCUGAAGCAAAAGAACCGCCAGAACUAAUGUUAAACGUAGAAGUAAUCGAAGGGAAGGAUCUCGUUUCAAAGGAUCCAAGUGGUCUCAGCGAUCCUUUUGUUACGAUUUACCUCAUGUCCAACACUUCUCACAGAUAUAAUACGUCUGUCAAAUCGGGCACCCUUAAUCCAGUUUGGGAGGAACAUUUUUCAUUGCCUAUUCCAGGUAACCUUCAGGAAGAUUCACUUUGCUUAGAAGUUUGGGAUUUUGAUCCUGCGGAAACAGUUAAGGAGAAAAUGACCAAGAUAUUUGAAGUCAAAGGUGUGAAAGGUCUUCGGAAACUUAUGAAAGAAAUAGCUAUUACAGCAUCUACGGGAAAACAUGACAACGAACUGAUUGGGACGGCCAAUAUACCGCUAAAAUCGAUUCCUGCAGGUGGAAUGGUCAUGUGGUUAAAUUUAAGUAAAAAGAGCAAACUACGUCGUCAAGGAGUAUUGAAAGCGCGCUUUAAUUUCUCGUCAGAGAAGAACUCGCAGGUUGCAGCUCAAGAGCACAGGCAUCUAUUAAGAAUACUCUUACUUCACGAGCUGGAUAGCUCCAAGGUCGCCCCCUACUGGUGGUGCGGCAACUUCAGCGCGGCGGCGGAGGGCGUCCUCACGCAGCACGCCGCGCAGAGCGGCCUCACGCAGCUCGACAACCAGCUGGCGCAGUGGGCCGUGUUCUGCGCCGUCACCACCGACCAUCCGCUGAGCUUCGCCCUCUUCAACUGCCUGCUCGAUAAACUCACCAAGCCCUUGCAAUCUGGUCUAGUGAACGAAGAGGAUGUUAAGCUCUUCUGGGAUGGAGCAAAAAAGUUGCUUCCGACAUGUUUCAGCCAUAUCAGAAAAUUGAGGAAGAAGACUGCGGGCGAUAAGACCGUCAUGAAAACUCUUCGGGAAGUUUUGAAGAUACUUUACAAGCUGUCGGCGUUAGACUUGCCAGAGUCUAUAGAUUUGUUCCCCGUGAAUCUAUACGGUUGGUUGAGAGAUAAAGACGAUGGGAGCAAGCUAACGAUUCAGGAAGUAUUGAACCAGGCUGCUAUACAAGGUGCGUCAGACUGGUUCGUUCACAUUCUGGACAACAACGAAUGCAAAGAUAAGACUGAAGAGUCGAGGCUGCAGCACCUGAUCAGAGUCAUACAGUUGGUCAGAUCUGAUCUCCAAAGAGCUGUCGAAUACUUCGACAGAGUUUUUGUUGAAGUCAUGAGUUUUCCCUAUUCGAAAACUCUAUAUGGUGUUUAUGAAGAUAAGAUAGCUUCGUUGGUGGAACCGGAAGUGAUACAAGUUUGCAAGAGUUUAAAGCGAUUACGGUAUAGCGAAGGCUCAACGAAUAGCGUACAUUUGGCCGGCGGCAUUAAUGGGGAAACUGGUUUGGGAACACCAGAUGUUGGUACCGAACCGUUGGCGAUGGGAACCACGCUGUUCGAACUAUAUCUUGCGUUGCAGAGAUUUUUGACGUUGGGCCAAGGUUUGAAUGAGACGGACUGGAAUUCCUACAGCAUUUCUAAAUUUCACGGUUGGUUUUUCGGAGGAGUCGCUCAAUGGCUGGAUAUAGCGGCGUACAAAGCUCUCACUCGUAUUGAAAAAGCCGUUGAAUUGGAUAACUUAGUGCCUGUCGAUUCUAAUGUAAAAUACAGCAGCUCUGGAGUGGACACCUUAGCGAUAUUCUACCAGAUUAAGAUAUUCUGGCAGCAACUGGCGUGGCCGGACGUCGAGGGAUGUUACACUUUUGUUGCUAAAAUUAUUGAUGACAUCUGCCGCUGCUGCGUGUUCUACUCGGACCGCAUGUCGGCGCGCGUGGGCGGCGCGGGCGGCGCGGGCGGCGCGGGGGGCGCGCGGUCGCCCUUCGAGUCGCGCUUCGAGGUGACGACGGAGUGGUGCGUGGCCAUCAACAACAUCGACUACGUGCGCCAGAGCCUGCCGCCCUUCGUGCAGGAGCUGGACAUGGACGCCAUCAUUCGCCGCAUGUGCGAGGCGCGCUCGCCGCUCGAGGCGCAGAGGUGCAAGGAGACACUGGAGAACGUCAUCGCGAACGCGAUCGAUACGGUUAAGAAUAAAAUCGUAGAUUUGCUGGAGAUUAUGAUUAAAAAGAUGAUGCCGUCCAUCACGCGCUUCCUUAUAGAAGGUGCGGAGUUACUCCACCAGGACUGUUCGAGCAUGGACCGAGUGAUGAGAUACCUGGAAGCCAAUUUGGAUACCUUGUAUCAGCAUUUGAACAAUGAAAACUUCUCUAGAACUUUGGAUAUAGUUUGGGAACAGCUUGGAGAAGUUUUGUAUGAACUAAUACAAGCUAAUCUUGAGAAAGAAAAAAUCGCUACCCGUAUCCGCUUUUUUAGGCGUAGAUAUUUUGGCAAAAACAAAGUAUCUCCGAACAUUUUAUUCUUUCGGCACCGAAGGGCAAAGAUAACUCGCUAUAUCGACCCGAGGCGUAUGACAAAAUCGGCCGCCGCCAUCUUGGAUGCGAAACGUCGUCCGCCAUCAUUCUUUUCCAAUCUUCACGAGUGUCUGAAAAUAAUGAUUCGUUCGUUCAGACAAGACAAUAAAGAUAUUUAUGAGUCAGAAACGUUGAAACGUGUCGAAUAUUUGUUGAAAAUCCACGGAAUGGAGACGAGAGAGUUGAUCCAUCAGUAUCAUUUAGAGAGGUGGCAGGAACAGCAAGCUGUCACUGAACCUAAGAUGGGCCUACUGACAGUUCGAGCGCAGUUCAUUGAAGAUAAUUUAAAAAUUGAAAUUAUGAACGCUAGGAAUCUAAUGCCCACUGAUUCAAAUGGUCUAUGCGAUUCCUACGUACGUGUGGGUCUCCUACCCGAGGAUACGUUUGCUAAUGUUGAAAAGCCAAAAACGCAAACGCACAGCAAGAACCUCUUCCCUCUAUAUGAUGAGAUGUUUCUAAUCCAGCUGUCGGGCGAGCAGCGGCGCGCGGCGGACGCGCUGCUGCAGCUCGUGGUGAAGGACAAGGACAUGUUCAGCGUCAGCAACACGUUCGUGGGGGAGGCCUACCUGCACUUCAGCGAGGUGCCCGCCACGCCGGCGCCCAUCUCCAGCCUGCCGCAGCUGCAUCUGCCGCUCUCGCGGCCCAGCAACAUCGAUGGCGAUGCAAUGAAAGCCUUAGAGUCUAGACAAGGCGACAAGCAAGCACGUGAGUUCCUCAAGAAACAAAGACAGAAAAUGCCAAGUAAACAAUUCUUCUCGCUUGGUUGAAUAACUGUAUACGAUUUUUACUUGCUAAUUUUGAAUCAGGCGACUGAAAAUUUGUACAAAAGGAUACUACUUAAAUAUACAUUUUAAAAUAUACUCGUAAAAAAAUAAGGCGUUACUAAAUUUGUGUAAUUUAAAUUCACUAUUAGCAAUAAGCUCAUAAUGUAUUGUAUAUCGAAAUAUCGCAUUCGCCAGCUCUUAUAAGAAAAUUAUUAAUACUUUUAUAUUUAAAAAUAUAUAUCUAAAAUUCUAAAAGUCUUAGAAAUUUUUUCGAGGACUUUUUUAAAGUGGCAAUAAUGUCGAUUUGACGUUUAAUAACUGGCAAUAAAAAUAGACUGAUAGGUGGCUUCUAGGUGUAGAUAUUCUUACGAAUAUACAUAUUAGAAUAUUUCUUUUUUUUUUUUUUAAUUUAUGAAUCUCUAUUAAAGAGCAAAAAUCUUUAAAAAUAAGAUCUCAAAAGAUAAUUAUUUAUAAAGGAGAUUAUAGCAGUUAUAUAAAACGCGUCGUAAUAAUUUCGAUUUGGUUUAUUUUUUUAUUUAUUAAAUAAAAUAAAUACUGAUACAUUAAUAAGCAAGUGAGCUGUUUCUGUCUAUCUAGUAUUUAAGCCAAUAGUUAAGUUUUAUUGAUAAGUAAAGUGUGAAUGUUAGUGCUUUUAUGGAGAUAAUUGUUUUGAAUAUAUAGCGUUAUUGUCCGGUAGUUGCUGUAUUCUGUGAUAAAGAUAUGUGCCUUAUAUAUUACAUAUAACACUUGCGCACAACAUGUGUUUUGAAAUUGUUUAAUUCCUUUGUCUUAUCGGAAUUUUAUGUAAAUAUUAACAUUAUAUGUCUUUGUUCAAAAUUAGCUCGUUUCGUCAGACUUUAGUCAAUGUUGAAUACUUUACUUUUUUUUUUAUUUAUUCGUGUCAAUAAAGCCGUUUUA